AACUUUCCCUCGUCAAUUCCACUUGUCCAAUGGCUGCAAAGACUUCAGUGAUGGUCGGAGGACAUUCCCUCGGAGCUUCAUGCCUCAGGAGAACCUGUUUCAGCUGGUUCCAUCCAGUCAGACCCGGAGUUACAACGGAGACAGCACUCUACAGUACAGCGACCUCCGUACGCUGGGCCGAGGCCCAGAGAAGAGCUGCCCCCGCAGGGAAGUACCCAGAUCUCCGCAGGCGCCGGUGAACUGGCGUCAGGGGAAGCUGCUGGGUCGUGGGGCGUUUGGGGAGGUAUACCUCUGUUACGACGCCGACACCGGACGGGAGCUGGCCGCCAAACAGGUGCCCUUUGACCCAGAUUGUCAGGAAACCAGCAAGGAGGUGAAUGCUCUGGAGUGUGAGGUCCAGCUGUUGAAGAACCUGCAUCAUGAGCGGAUCGUUCAGUACUACGGGUCUUCCAGGGACCUGGAGAAGAGGAAACUCACCAUCUUUGUUGAGUUCAUGCCUGGGGGUUCCAUUAAGGACCAGUUGAAGGCAUAUGGGGCGCUGACAGAGAAGGUGACGCGGCGCUACACCAGACAGAUCCUCCAGGGAGUCUUCUACCUUCACAGCAACAUGAUCGUACACAGAGAUAUCAAAGGUGCCAACAUCCUGAGAGACUCCACUGGCAACAUAAAGCUGGGGGACUUUGGGGCCAGUAAACGCAUCCAGACCAUCUGUAUGUCAGGAAGUGGCAUUAAAUCCGUCACCGGCACACCUUACUGGAUGAGCCCAGAAGUCAUCAACGGAGAAGGAUACGGACGCAAAGCGGAUGUCUGGUCUGUGGCGUGCACAGUGGUGGAGAUGCUUACCCAGAAGCCUCCCUGGGCAGAAUACGAGGCCAUGGCAGCUAUCUUUAAGAUAGCCACGCAGCCCACCAAGCCCUUCCUCCCUGAGGGUGUUUCCGAGGCCGCCCGGGACUUUGUGCGCCAGGUGUUCAUAGAGGAGAAGUGGCGUCCCACGGCCGAGAACCUCCUCUCACACCCCUUCGUCCAAGGGGGGUUCUGACCCUGACCUCUAGCACCCCCAGGGCCACCCUGCCUCCCAGGCCUCUCCAGGCUUCCAGGGCCCAGCACCAUGAUGCCAGACCUGAUCAUAACCUGAGCCCCAGUCUCUCUCCUUCACCAGCUAACUGACCCCAGACCUGAUCAUAACCUGAUCCCUAAUCUCUCCUAUAUUUUGUCUGUCUUGUGAUCAGUGGUCACCUUCUAUAUAUUCAGUUAGGUUAAGAGCAAACUCUGAAAAUACAUCCCAUCUGUCUGGACUGUAAGUUAGUCAUCUAGUGUCCCUGUUGUCUUUGAGUAAUAUUCUGCUUCAAAGGGGAUUGUGAACAAUUUUUUGUAAUACAUCCUAGAUGAACACUUGCAGUUACCUUAACAGUUGAUGUCUAUACUUUGACCUGAGAUAUGUACAUUUAGUUUUGUCUGAAUUGCCAAACGCCUUACGAGUUGUAAAAUAGCAUUCAUGUACAUUUACAGAAUGACCCUGUUUCUACAUCAUAUCUUUCUCAUUCGGAAAGAGACUGUUGCACAUUUUAUAGCAUGUAUUCAGUAGGUGCCCCAUUGCAGGAUAAUCAACAGGAAAAAAAUAGAUGCUGUAAAUAUAUUUGACAUUUUUAUAAUUU